CCGCCCGUCGGCGAAGGCGAGGGAGCAGCGGGCGAGGAGAAGAACGCUGGGAAGAAAGGAGCGGAGGCCGUGGGGGACAGCGAGGAGGACGGGGAGGAUGUGUUCGAGGUGGAGCGAAUCCUGGACAUGAAGACCGAGGGGGGUAAAAUCCUUUACAAAGUUCGGUGGAAAGGAUACACCUCAGAUGAUGAUACCUGGGAGCCUGAGGUUCAUCUUGAAGAUUGUAAAGAAGUUCUUCUUGAAUUUAGGAAGAAAGUUGUGGAUAACAAAGCUAAAGCAGUCAAGAAAGAUAUUCAGAGACUAUCUUUAAAUAAUGACAUAUUUGAGGCAAACUCUGAUAGCGAUCAGCAAAGUGAGACAAAAGAAGAUACUUCUCCAAAAAAGAAAAAGAAAAAAUUAAAGCAGAGAGAAGAGAAAAGUCCAGAUGAUCUGAAGAAGAAAAAAGCAAAGACUGGGAAACUAAAAGAGAAAUCCAAACCAGACUUGGAGAACUCUGAAAUUUCAUUUUUUGAUUUAAGGACCAAGAAAAGAAUUUCAGAAGCCAAAGAAGAAUUAAAGGAAUCCAAAAAGCCCAAAAAAGAUGAUAUAAAAGAAACUAAGGAACUAAAGAAAGUUAAAAAGGGUGAAAUAAGAGAUUUAAAGACUAAAAUAAAAGAAGAUUCCAAAGAAAACAGAAAAACAAGAAAAGAGAAAUGUGUUGAACCUCAGUUGGAGUCUGAAUCAGAUCUACUUAAUGAUUUCCCCUUUCAGGAGGGGGACAGUGAAGAUUUACAGUCUGACAACAGAGAAGAGAAACUAAAGAUUAAAAGUGGAAAAGACAAAGCAGGGCUAGAUGCAGCUCAAGAUGCUGUUCUAGAUAAACACCUGGACAGCCCCGGAAGUGCUGAUGAAGAUGCUGAUGUCAGAGGAAGGAGAAACAAAAAGAAACCCAGAAAGGCUGAGGAACUUAAAGAGAGCAAAAAGCUAGAAAACAAGAACCUUUCUUUAGAGAAGAAAAAUGCACAUAAAAAGCAGAGGAAUCAAGACAAAAGCAGAAGUACUACUGAGUCAGAUAAUCUGACAUCUUCACUGGCCCAGACACUAAAGAGCUCAAGGGUGGCUGGGGAAGAGAGGGGCCUCCGGUCCACUGACUCUGCUGGAGAAGAGAAAGAGACCAAAAAAAACGAAUCCAAAGAAAAAUAUCAAAAAAGGCAUGAUUUGGACAAGGAAGAAAAAGGCCGCAAAGAGCCAAAGGGAUUAAACACAUUUAAGGAAAUCAGAAAUGCAUUUGAUUUAUUUAAAUUAACUCCAGAAGGAAAAAAUGAUUUUCCUGAGAAUAAUCAGAAAAGAGAAGAAACACCACUGGAUUGUAAUUUUGCAGAAGAUCAUAAAACCAAGGAAAACAAUCAGGUACUUAAAGAAAGGAGAAACACAAGAGAUGAGACUGACACAUGGGCAUGUAUAGCUGCAGAAGGUGAUCAGGAUGUUCUAGAUGGUAUGUGCCCAGCCGACGAAAAUUCUGAUGGAAGACAGCAAAUUUUGAGUCUGGGCAUGGACCUGCAGCUGGAAUGGAUGAAACUAGAAGAUUUUCAAAAGCAUCUUGAUGGGGAAGAUGAGAACUUUCCUGUAACAGAUGCCAUUCCAAGUAAUUUAUUGAGAGAUGCUGUGAAAAAUGGGGAUUAUAUUACUGUGAAGGUUGCACUUAAUUCAAAUGAAGAAUAUAACCUGGACCAAGAGGAUUCAAGUGGGAUGACACUGGUGAUGCUUGCUGCAGCUGGAGGUCAGGAUGAUCUACUGAGGCUUCUCAUCAGAAAGGGAGCCAAAGUGAAUGGCAGACAGAAGAAUGGGACCACUGCACUCAUUCAUGCAGCUGAAAAGAACUUUUUAACUACAGUGGCUAUUCUUUUGGAAGCAGGAGCUUUUGUAAAUGUCCAGCAGAGCAGUGGUGAGACCGCUUUAAUGAAGGCCUGUAAAAGAGGAAAUUUGGAUAUUGUACGACUUGUAAUUGAAUGUGGAGCUGACUGCAAUAUUUUGUCAAAGCACCAAACUAGCGCAAUGUAUUUUGCAAAGCAGUGUAACAAUGUGUUGGUGUACGACUUGCUGAAGAAUCAUUUAGACACACUUUCAAGAGUAGCAGAAGAAACGAUAAAGGAUUACUUUGAAGCACGCCUUGCUCUUCUAGAACCAAUUUUUCCAAUAGCAUGUCAUCGUCUCUGUGAGGGGCCAGAUUUUUCAAUGGAUUUCAAUUAUAAACCUCCACAGAACAUAACAGAAGGCUCUGGCAUCCUGCUAUUCAUUUUCCAUGCGAAUUUUUUGGGUAAAGAUGUUAUUGCUCGACUCUGUGGACCAUGUAGUGUACAAGCUGUGAUUUUAAAUGAUAAAUUUCAACUUCCUGUUUUUCUGGAUAGUCAUUUUGUUUACUCAUUCAGCCCUGUUGCAGGCCUCAAUAAACUCUUUAUAAGGUUGACAGAAGCACCCUCUGCUAAGGUGAAAUUGCUAAUAGGUGCGUACAGAGUGCAGCUGCAAUGAUCAAACAGAGACUUGGGAUGGAAUGGCUUUCAGACCUAUUUCUAAAUACUCCCUUCCAAGCAGUUUGGAAUUCUGGCACAGCUAACACUUAAAGUUUGAUCUGCAAACCUCAUGCAGUUUAAGGCCUAUCAUCUGUUAUAUGUGGGACAUGAUGUGUUCUAUGUAAUAUAUUAUAAAAUACAAAAUGUAAGUAUUUGUGCCAAUGCUUUGAAGUUGAUGUUGUGUCUGAACUGCAUACUUAGUUUUCCACAAUGUGGAAUAGUACAGGGUUAUUUAAGAAAAUUACUUUUUUUGUUAACUUGAAAUUUUCUUUUUAAUUGAAAUUUUCUACUACCCCAGGUGAAUUUCUGUAAAUAAAGUGUGAAUUUGCCCCCCUUGAAAUUGGAGCAAAAAGGUCUGACCUAUUUCUGAUAUGUAGUUGCCACACAUCCCAAGUUGGAAGGACAUCUCUGGAUGUUUCCAGUUAUCCUUUAUUUGAAAAGAUCAGACCCUAAGAAAUCAACCAGAACGUUGUGAGGCCUAAAAAGAAAUAUUACACGUGCCCUUACUUUGAGUCCUGGGAGGCAGACCAGUUUUGUCAGCUUUUGCCUCAUGUGGGGUUACUGUUCCUAUGAACUUUUCCAUAGAUAAAACUCUUUAUUUGGCAAACUAAUAAAUCAAGCUCAGUCUGGAUUAUAGAAAUGUUUAAAAUGUAGUUCCUGAUUAGUUUUAUAAUUGUGAGUUAUAAUUUUAAUAAAAUUUUCAGAAUGUCACAUAUUAACCCCUAUACAUUGUGUUUACAAUUCAGACAGCCAUUUUUAUUUUACAUACUGAAACUGCCUUUUCCUAGUUUUCUCAUUAAAGUACCACAAUGUUGGUCUUUCUUAUUUCUUUGUAUCCCAAAUAAAUGUGGAUACCAACUGUGUAGUUUUUAGCUAAAUUUUGUACUAGUACUAUAUCUGAUUUCAUAGCUUUUGAAAAAAAAUUGAGAUUUGAGUUAGCAACAGUGCAUAAGAUCAUUAAGGGGGAGGGGGUCAACAGUACCUUGGUCCAGUACAUAUAAGAGGAACGGGCUUUUUAAGAAAUUUUCUAUUAGGUCAUAACUACUAGUGAGUAGAAAAUAAGACAGUUCCUUUAGGAGUUUAGGCUGAGAAAUAAGAAUGAGUUAUGAAAAGUCAUCAAGGGGAAAAUGGGUGAGUUAUUUCAACUGAACCAGGAUCAGAGAACAUGAAAGUUUGAGUCAGUGCCAGAUGUGCUAACUG